UCGGCCAUGUACACCGCUGGAUAAUGAUGAGAUUGUAAGGGCAGAGUAGUUGGUCUAAAGUGGAAAGCAGCAAAGGCCGAAUCCAGCUGAGUAGUAUUAAAUUGAAUUGAAUUGGUUUGGGGUAAUGUUUUAGAAUUAGAUCCCAAGCGCGGUUGGGUUGCUCCAGAUUGUUUUCUUUCAUCCUGACUAGUUGUGGUGCGUGGGAGAUGACACAUAUACGUAACUUGUUGGGAGCGGGGGUCAAAGUAAAGUAGGGCUAUUUCGUUCCUGAGAGCACACGCGUAAGCUAGCGAGUGGCUGAUGCCAUCUAAUUAAUAACACUCGACUCGUCUCCUCCGCUCCGCCACCAUCAAUCAUGACAAACGCCGCCGCGCCCUUGAAGGCCAUUACCCUCACGCACGUGCGAUACCAGAGAGGGGACCCGCUGGGCCACUUCCUCGCAUGGGUCUCCCUCGUCCCAGUCUUCAUCUCGCUCGCCGGAUUCCUCUCCCACUUCCUCUUCCGCCGAGAGAUCCACGGCCUCACCUUCGCCCUGGGCCUCAUCAUCUCCCAGGUCGUCAACGAGUUCAUCAAGACCUCCGUCCAGCAAUCACGCCCCGACACCUGUCACCUCCUCGAGGUCUGCGACUCCCACGGCUGGCCCUCCUCCCACUGCCAGUACAUGUUCUUCUUCGCCACCUACCUCACCCUCUUGUCCUCCAGGGGCUUGGCCUUCUGGGAUCGCUCUUCCAACCUCUUCGUCCAUUCCCUCACCUGGGGCCUCGCUCUCCUCACCAUCUGCUCCCGUGUCUAUUUGGGCUACCACACCCUCGCCCAGACCUUUGCUGGCACCGCCCUCGGUGUCUUUCUCGGUGCCGCCUGGUUCUGGAUUGUCACCAAUCUCUUGAGUCCUUAUUUUCCCCUCAUUGAAGAGAGCUCCUUUGGAAGGAACUUCUAUCUCAAGGACACCAGUCAUAUUAGGAAUGUCUUGAAGUUUGAGUACGAUACUUGCAGAGCUGAGAGAGCCAGGAUCACAAAUUCUGACCACAAGUCUCGCUGAUUUUCCUUUACAUUCACCUCAGGCAUAAAUUUGUCUUGCAGAGAAUUGUUUCCUCAAGUAUUUAUAGCACGCAAUCAUCAUUUAUUGGUGCAUGUCACUUUAGCAGCCAACUAUGAAGAGAGCAAAUAGAGAAAUAGAGAUGAUGUAACAAUAGAUACUUGUCAUAUUCUAUACAUAGAAACUCCGAGGGAGAAUUUGAUCUUGUUUUCUUUUGAUGUUUAAACGAACAUGCAUUGAUCAUAUAAAUAAAACUUUCCCUAGAAUA